AUGUGGUGGACGGAUGAUGAACUGAAUGUGAUGGCUUCUUUUCUAGACGCUUUCGCUAGGAACAGCAACGCCUACACGAUACGAACGAUCAGGUCAGAAUAUCAGAACACAAUUGGACAGCGGGAACGCCCGGCAUUUUCGGAUGUUCGACUGAUGAAUUACCUCUACAACUGCUCCAGUCUCUGCACAAGAUAUCCGGUACCUGCAUGCCGUUCACCUGGCUUCCAGAAUCCAAGGAAUUGCUAUCAGUGUUUGUGCCCUCAUAUGUUUUCCGGUCCAACAUGCUCACAGUUACCUACGGGUACUGCACCAAAUUGCAAUGGGAAGGUUGUUCAGGCCACGUCUUCAUCAUGGGUCACGCUCAACGGUGUGGCUGGCAACGCAAACAGCUACACAACAACAACGACACCAACUGACUGCUAUUGGCAUAUUUCUGUGAGACGUUUCAAGAUGAAGUACAACCAGAAAGAAUGGAAACUAGAAAAACAGUGUCCUGAACCGUAG